CUCAGGGCUGCCUACUUUAGUACUGAAGGUGCUAGCGUGGCCGUCAACACAACUGUCAGUCUCAGGCCGUCAAGCGCUACAUCUUAACAAUAUAACAGAAGAAGGAAUUGUGCAUCACAGCGACAACGACGCAGCAAUCGAAACUGUCUUCAGUCCAGAGCGGAACGCUGCUCUCUCUGCAACAGAUACAAUCUAAUAUGUUACAUUUAACGAUCUUUAAUGAUUCAGAAACAACAAAUCGUGUUCCUGUGACGUAGUGAUGACGUAAGCCAGUCAUGUUAGUAGUUCAUGGUAACCCAGUAACUGACUUCGAUGUCAUUUCACUCUCAGACAAUGUCACAUUCCUUACAGAGGCAAGCUGGCCAGUGAUAACAUUGCCAACCACAGUACUGACCACUUCGUUAGUGUCCUCAGUGCCAUUAACGAACGUGACAAGUACGUGGGGGCCUAAACGUGAUCCGCUGUACAUCGUAGUGCCCAUAACUGUGCUGUACGUGAUGAUCCUGCUGACCGGUUUGGUGGGCAAUGUGAGCACGUGUGUGGUGAUCGCCCGCAACAAACACAUGCACACAGCCACUAACUAUUACUUGUUCAGCCUCGCUGUGUCGGAUCUGCUUCUGCUGGUGUCAGGUCUUCCUCAGGAGAUGUAUUAUAACUGGUCCAGAUAUCCGUAUGUAUUCGGCGAAGCGUUCUGUGUUCUCCAAGGUUUUGCUGCCGAAACGUCGGCCAAUGCCACAGUACUGACCAUCACAGCAUUCACCGUGGAGCGAUACGUGGCCAUCUGUCAUCCUUUCCAGUCGCACACCUUAUCAAAGUUGUCGCGGGCAGUUCGUCUCAUCCUGGUCAUCUGGCUGCUGGCGAUGGGCUUGGCGGUGCCCCAGGCGUUGCAGUUCGGGGUUGUGUACGAGCAUCUGCCGGACGGACGGGUGCUCGACGACGAGCACACGGUCUGCGCCGUCAAGCGAGUCGUUAUCCCACACUCCUUCGAGGUGUCCUCUCUCGUGUUCUUCGUCGCUCCCAUGACGCUGAUCUCGGUGCUGUAUGCGCUCAUCGGCCUGCAACUGCGGCGCUCCAGUGUGCGAGGAGGAGGUGAGGGCAGUGUGCGCCUCAAGACCGGAGUGGGGGGGUACAGCCCCCAGCACCAAGAUGAGGACGGCCGGAAGAAUUUCUCCAAAAAUGCACAGAUCAAGGCCACAAAGCAUGUGGUUAAGAUGCUUGUGGCGGUAGUCGUGGCGUUCUUCAUCUGUUGGGCGCCGUUCCAUGCACAGCGCCUCCUGGCUGUUUAUGGGGCUGGCAACCAUGACGAGCGUCCCAGUGCAGCUAUGAUCAUUGUGUACCACACGCUCACCUACAUAUCAGGCGUGCUGUACUACUUGUCUACUACUGUGAAUCCAGUCCUUUACCACAUCAUGUCCCACAAAUUCCGUGAAGCUUUCAAGGACACACUGGCGCGCUACCUGGGCAGACGACGGGCGCGAGGAGGUAGGUGGCAGUGCUACACGGUUCUCUCCGGCAGACACAGUAACACCAGUAAUGCCAGCAACUGCGGCACCGGCAGCCUGCGUCGCUACCUGGAAGCUGACAUGGCGCGUCUGCACGCGUCCCGACGCCCUAUCGUCGUUUCUUUCCGGCGUCACCAUUCACAGCAACAAGACAGCACGGUGGACUCAGAGUUAUCGGGGGCGUCCACGUCUACAGGACCAGAGGUUUAUGUUAGCAUGGAGGAACUCACUAAGAACAACUCGCGCAAGAGUAUCAAACUGAAGAAAGCGAGAAACAAGUUGAAUGAGACGUACUUGAACGUAAUUUGCAGACAUUCCAAACCAACUUCGACGGACGUUAGAGACAAGACAGUAAAGGAAUUAAGUGAGAAGGGGGGUGCUUGUUCGGGAUUUGCAUUCUCCUCCAGUUCUACUUUGCCUUAUAGUUUAAGUCUUGACAAUCAGACAGAAGAUUUUCUGGUACCACCUUGGUAUGUUGACAACGAAAGUGACAUAAACCUUCCAUGGCUUCCCACAGAUAUUAAUAAUAGAAUAUCAAAGGAAGUCUCACCGAUAAAGUCAAGCACAGAAAAUUUAAGUAGUAAUAAUAAUAAAACCUCAAGGACUUUUGAGAAGCCAACAAAAUAUCCCAAGGUUGAAGAUAUUGAAAUAUUUCAGGAACAACACUUGAAAAUUCAAAGGUCUUUCAAGAAAAGGCAGAGGAAUUCAAGACAUCGCUCAAGAACACAAAAAGAGACUACUGCAUCGUCCAGUAGUAUUGAACAUCACUUCAGAAAUUCAAGUCAAAGAUUGGAUGUUAAGUUAGAAGAAAUUCGGAAUCACACAGCGAAUAUAAUAAUUGGAGUACCACAGUUCACUUUCUCUCGUUCCUCAACACUUCCCGCCCUCCAUACUCUAUCCAAGGACAGGCAGACGCAUUUCAGUGACACCGACGCACAAGCUCAGCGUCUAAGACACUCACUUUUCUUACAUACCAGUUACGAUAAUCUAAAUCAAGGUCAGCUUGCUCGUGAAGGUAGUAAAUUCAUGUUGUCAAUGCAAUUAUCCGAAAGAUUCAUUCGUAAAAAAUGCUUGGACCCAGACAUUCUGGCUAGUAAAGUUAUUUUCAAAGCGGCAUCAUAUGUAAAGACUGGUGUUGCAAGUCUUGCAGAACAAACGCAAAGUUUAUCGGAUGUAAAUGAAUCUUCAGUAAGCAUGUUGUACACAUCUGCCAAUGACACCCAUGGUACAGAAUCGCUGCUUGUAAAACAGACGAAGAUCUUACGAAAAGAAGAUGAAAAUGACACAGUUCAACUCCCACAUUCUCAAAUCCUCAACGUCGAGGAAGAAAUCAUUAAGAAGAAAGCCGAAGAUUGUUCUCUCUCGAAGGACAAAGAGGAACAAAACGAAAUUAAGGAAGAGGAUCUUUCCCUCUUACAUAAAAAUGAAAGUUUGCCGGUAUAAAUUUUAUCUCACGGCACUGAUGGAGAAUGUGACAUUCACAAUACAACUCCUGUCUGUACUAAGAACACAGACAUAAGGAGGAAUGUCUAGAAUACAUGUCAAACACGAAAGUGUACAGUUUGUUGUUUCAUUUCAGUUGUUAAAUUCCAGACCUAAAUCAUACACUAACCUGAAAUUGUUAACCUGUGUGUCAGCGAGACAGAACUGCAAGAUGUUCAGAUCCGCCAUAUUUUCUUCCAGUCCUCUACUGGCUAUAUGCGACCUGGCCUUGAAAUUUUGUUCCAAUUGCUACUGGAAGAUUAAGAUAAUAAUGUCAGUAUGUAGGUGUAGUGAUACCUAACCUAAGUGUCUACUAUCACCUGAUGGUAAUUUCAACUUAAAUUAUUUCGCUGUGAUCAUUUGUCUAUAUGUUGCAACACUGGACUGUGUUUUUUUUAAAGAAAUUGUGUGAAACAGACUUGAUGAAGGCCCCGUCUAUGGCAGGCGAGCGCUGCGGCUGCGCAAGUGGAUUUUGAACACAGAUAAAUCUACGAAACGGACUCCUAUCAGCUCAGUGAUCCUGAGCUUGUGACACGAACUUGGAGAAAUAUCGGUACUGUGGGACUGAAACCCUGGAGGCUGGAAGGCAAUUCGGGACACUCCACUCAUCGUCCAAGUAUUACAUUUCGACUGCGGGAAAGGCAGAUCUUCCGUAUGGGGAAGCCCCUGUCUGAUUGCACAAGCUUGUGAAUAGUAGACAAUCCGUCCGUUAAGAAUGCCACGUCACGACCACUGCAUUGAUCUCAUCUCUGAAAAACAGAACCGAAGACCGUCUGAAGUUUACUUCCUGCUUCGUUAUACAUAAUUUGAGUUAAUUUCUUUGAAUAUCAGCUUCGAUUUAUCCAGUUAAGUGACUGUACUUAUUAACGAAAUUCAGGGAAGAAAGAGGGCGAGUGCGUCCAUAAAUAAUAAACGUUAAGUCUCACAGAAAUAAGGUUAAGAUGUAAACAAAAUCUUGGGCUUAACUAGUUCAGAUUAUAGUGAAAUAAAGCAUAAAGCAUUUACUGGCUUUCAGUGAGUUUGGAAUGAUUUAAUUUCCAAAGUUACUAUUAAUUAUUAGCUUUGUCAGCAAAAUGUAAUGCAUAGAAAUAUUUCUACAAAUGAUACAAAGUGACAGAGUAUAAUGGAUUCUGACGAUGCUGGAUAACACACAGAAUUAUUAAGAUUCUGUGUGUUAUCCACCUAAGAACCAAUCUCAAUUAGCUCUCUCUAAGGGACCAAACAGAGCAGGUGUCACCCAGUCACCUGAGAAUGGAAACAGGUCCAGUUUCCGUAAU